UUCAGACGGCUCGGGAUGGGAGGUAGCAGGUGUCGCGAGAGUUGGCCCUACGCCGCCUUGUGGGGAUUAUAACUAUGGCGAGCCUAGGGGUCGAGACUGAACAGGAACCGCUCUUAGGAGACCGCACAACCGGAAGCAGAGAAUGGGACAUUAUAGAAACUGAAGAGCAUUAUAAAAGCCGAUGGAGAUCUAUUAGGAUUCUAUAUCUUACUAUGUUUCUCAGCAGUGUAGGGUUUUCUAUAGUGAUAAUGUCAAUAUGGCCAUAUCUCCAAAAGAUUGAUCAGACAGCCGAUGCAAGUUUUUUGGGCUGGGUUAUUGCUUCGUUUAGUAUUGGCCAAAUGGUAGCUUCACCUAUAUUUGGUUUAUGGUCUAAUUAUAGACCAAGAAAAGAACCUCUCGUUGUCUCCAUCUUCAUUUCCGUGGCAGCGAACUGCCUCUAUGCGUAUGUUCACAUCCCAGCUUCUCAUAAUAAAUACUACAUGCUGGUUGCUCGUGGAUUGGUGGGAUUUGGAGCAGGAAAUGUAGCAGUUGUUAGAUCAUAUAUUGCUGGUGCUACUUCCCUUCAGGAAAGAACAAGUUCCAUGGCAAAUACAAGUGCAUGUCAAGCAUUAGGUUUCAUUCUAGGUCCAGUUUUUCAGACUUGUUUUGCACUCAUUGGAGAAAAGGGCGUGACAUGGGAUAUGAUUAAGCUGCAGAUAAACAUGUACACAGCACCAGUUCUACUUGGCGCCUUCCUGGGAGUUUUAAAUAUUAUUCUGAUUCUUACUAUAUUAAGAGAACAUCGUGUGGAUGACUCAGGACGACCGUGUAAAAAUAUUAAUUUUGAAGAAGCAAGUACAGAUGAAGUUCAGGUUCCCCAAGGAAAUAUUGAUCAUGUUGCUGUUGUGGCCUCCAAUGUUCUGUUUUUUGUGGUUCUAUUUAUUUUUGCCCUUUUUGAAACCAUUGUUACUCCAUUAACAAUGGAUAUGUACGCCUGGACUCGAGAACAAGCAGUAUUAUAUGAUGGAAUAAUACUUGCUGCUCUUGGAGUUGAAGCAGUGGUUAUUUUCAUGGGGGUUAAAUUACUUUCCAAAAAGAUUGGUGAGCGUGCUAUUCUGCUGGGAGGACUCAUCACUGUAUGGGCUGGCUUCUUUAUCUUGUUACCUUGGGGAAAUCGAUUUCCCAAAAUACAGUGGGAAGAUCUACAUAAUAAUUCAAUCCCUAAUACCACCACGUUUGGGGAAAUUAUUAUUGGUCUUUGGAAGUCUCCAAGAGAAGAUAACAGUGAAGGACCAACUGGUUGUCCAGUUGAACAAGCCUGGUGCCUCUAUACCCCAAUGAUCCAUCUGGCCCAGUUCUUCACAGCAGCUGUGCUAAUUGGAGUAGGCUAUCCAGCGUGCAAUGUAAUGUCCUAUACAUUAUAUUCAAAAAUUCUAGGACCAAAACCUCAGGGUGUAUACAUGGGCUGGUUAACAGCUUCUGGAAGUGGAGCACGGAUUCUCGGGCCUGUUUUCAUUAGCCAAGUGUAUACUUACUGGGGACCACGAUGGGCAUUCAGCCUUGUGUGUGGAAUAAUGGUGUUCACCAUCACACUCCUGGGAGUGGUUUACAAAAGACUCAUUGCUUUUUCUGUAAGAUAUGGGAGUUCAAGAAUAAACUAGUCAAUCAAUUUACAACUAUUAAAGAGCAAAGACUGCCACGCUGGGGCCACUGGAGCUCAGGGGAAGAGGAGGAGAGA